GCGAGCAGUGCCUGCAUAAAGGGAUGUGUGGCUUUCGGUUAUGGCGCUGGCGUGAAGUUGUUGGGCAUGGACGACGCCAGGAAGCAGGACAUUAUCGCUGCUCUCAUUUAAGCUCGGCAGGUUAGCGAGGAACUCAACAGCGGAAAAGUCGCGCUCGUCAGUGGAAAGCGGUAUUUUUAGUAUAAACGGGAAAUGACCGAGGAGCCGUGAGAGGCUGAGAGCAGCUUGACUUUUUGAGGAGAGAGAUUUUGCUGUUCGAAAGUUGAGCUGCGAGCUGUGGAGAAGCGACAUGGACCGUCGGAGCUGAACCGAGUUUUCCGCGUCGAGUCUCUGUCUUUCUUUUCGUCUUUUCUGUUUGUUUUUAUUGGCGUGUUGACUGUAAGAGCUGAAAGAGCCGCAGACAUGCCGGCGAAAACCAAGUACAAUUUAGUGGACGACGGGCACGACCUGCGGAUUCCUAUGCAUAACGAGGAAGCCUUCCAGCAUGGCAUUAAUUUCGAGGCAAAGUACAUUGGUAGUCUGGAUGUGGCGCGACCCAACAGCCGUGUGGAGAUAGUGGCUGCCAUGAGACGGAUACGGUAUGAAUUUAAAGUGAAGAACAUCAAGAAGAAAAAAGUCAACAUCAUGGUUUCCGUGGAUGGGGUCAAAGUUGUACUGCGCAAAAAGAAAAAGAAAAAAGAAUGGACCUGGGAUGAGAGCAAGAUGAUGGUAAUGCAGGAUCCCAUUUACAGGAUAUUCUAUGUAUCACAUGAUUCCCAAGAUUUGAAAAUCUUCAGUUACAUAGCCAGAGAUGGGCAGAGCAAUGUGUUCAGAUGCAGUGUCUUCAAAUCCAAGAAGAAGAGCCAGGCCAUGCGGAUUGUGCGGACCGUGGGUCAGGCCUUCGAGGUUUGCCACAAGCUCAGUCUGCAGCACGCCCAGCAGAAUGCAGAUGGCCAGGAAGAUGGAGACAGCCAGAAGACCUGCACAGACUCAGGAGUGCAAGAUCGUGAGCUGACUGGAGCUGAAAAGGCGGUCGCAGAGGAGACGGACAUUGAUGCAGAAGAGCUGCCUCUGCCUGACAGCACAGUUGAUGAAUUCAGCCGUGGGGUGACUGACCUGGACGCUGCUAAAAAAGAUGAUGACGUCACUAAGGACAAGAAGCUCUCCGAAGAGCCCUCCAUCCUGUUAUCCUCUCCAAAAAUGCUGCUUCCUUCUGGCAGCCAGCUCCCAGCUGGCACGCCGCUGUCCGUCCACCACCAGCUCCAGCUCCUUCAGCAGCAACUCACACAGCAGCAGCAGCAAACCCAAGUAGCUGUAGCUCAGGUUCACCUGCUGAAGGACCAGCUCUCAGCAGAGGCAGCGGCCAGGAUUGAGGCCCAGGCGCGUGUGCACCAGCUGCUGCUGCAGAACAAGGACCUUCUCCAGCACAUCUCGCUGCUGGUCAAACAGGUCCAGGAGCUGGAGCUCAAGUUGGCCGGUCACGGCUCCAUGGGAUCUCAGGACAGUCUGUUGGAGAUCACAUUCCGAGCUAACGUCCCUCCGGUCAUCUGCGACCCCACCACCCCGCGGCCCGAGGAUGCCGUCCUGCCACCGCUGAAUGAUGGAACACAGCUGUCUCUGCCCCUGGGCAGUCCUUUAGGUAGGAACCAGGCCUUGGCCAAGUUUGAGUGUUUUCGUUUUCUCCCGGGACCACCCCAGCAGGAGCAGAGUCCCGACCCAUCCUCGGAGGAGGUGUCACCCUCAGCCCGGGACGAACUUCUGGGCAGCCUGGAGCUGCUGAAAUUCCGCGAGUCAGGUAUCGCCUCCGAAUACGAGUCCAACACAGAUGAGAGUGACGAACGUGACAGCUGGGGGCUGCAAGACGAGAGCACCCUGCGCCUGCUAAACGUGCUUAACAAACACGCCCCAUCUGACAGCCUGGAAGAUGAAAUAGCCGUCUAG